AUGGCGUCUUCAUUCCGCAAAACACGCAUAGCUGCGUCUCCUGUCAUGUACACCAAUGCCGUGUACUGGCCGAAUUACCGGAUAUAUAACAAUGACACGCCCGGGCAGCUAAACUACAGCUGCAUCAACCGCGUCUAUUACGCCUACGCCAGCGUGGCAGCAGACGGAGGUGUAUUUCUUAGCGACGAGUGGGCCGAUGCCAAAGCUCCCUGUGACGGCGUCAAUGGCGCCCUGGGCUCCUUGAUGUAUUUGAAGAGCAGAUAUCCGCAUCUUCAAGUGUUGCUGUCUAUUGGUGGGCCAGGUUCUGAGAGGAUAUUCCCUAUCGUGGCUUCUGAUCCCAUUCUGAGGGACAAUUUUGCACGCUCUGCCCGAAGCUUGGUUGAUGCCCCUGAGUUCGAUGGCAUUGACAUCGUCUGGGAAUAUCCCGCCAACCCUCAACAAGGCAGCGACUUCCUGUCCCUCCUGGCCGCCGUGCGCAUCCACAUGCCCGAGGACCGCUACAUUGUGACCGCUGCCCUCCCCGCCAACAAGCACAUCCUGCAAAACAUCGACCUCCACCGCUCCUCCGAGUACCUCGACGCCAUCAACCUUCUGACCUACGACUUUUACGGGCCCUGGUCCUCCCGCAGCGGCCACCAAUCCCAGCUCUACGCCAUGAGCAAGGAUGAACCUUCGGGGGCCGGUGCCGUCUCUUACGUCAUGGGCUGCGGCGUACCAGGCAGGAAGAUCUUGUUUGGAAUCCCGCUGUUUGGGCGGAGCUUCUUGCACGUGGCUGGGCCGGGACACAAGAAUAGGGGCUUUGGUGGGAACGCGGACGGGGCGUUUGAUUACUCCCUGCUACCGAGGAAAGGAACCAAGGAGCAGGUAGAUAAGAGGGCCGUCGCGGCGCAGUGUGUGGGGGGUGAUGGGGGCUUCGUGACGUAUGAUAACCCGGAUACGGUUAAGAUUAAGGCUGCGUUUUGUAAGGAGAAAGGGCUUGGGGGCCUGUUUUACUGGAGCGCUCCGUCUGAUGCGAAGGACAGUAAGAGAAGUCUUAUCAUGACCGGCUUCAAGAUGUUACACAGCUCUUGA